CACACGGAGAUGCACCAUCCCUGGGCUGUAGGGAAGGCUUAGGAUACGGCUGCUACUCUCCGCUAUCUGCAGCGGGUUUGUUUGAGUUGAGCGAGCCCUGCAUUGGGAUCCUGGCGGAUUGCUCUAAUUUUCUGCAGUUUUAUCUGGCUUGGUUAAUGCAGCUACACGCAGGAUUUCCUCUGGUGCAGUUGAGUUCAAUGCUGGUCUCCGCUUAGGAUGCUCUCACUGGAUGUUUCCAACACUGCGGGAUCCCCUAUUCGCUAGUUUUUCCUUUAUUUUGGUGAAGGGAACUAAACCCAUUCAACUUUCCCCUUGCCCCUAGACUGUGCCCUUUCCUUCUCCGUCCUGACCCACCUCCAUGCUUUCCCUUGUGAACCCAUAACCUUACAGGGAUCCAACUCUUUGGUAUAAGCUCAACUCUUCCAUCCUAUUUCCUGCUUUCCAUGAAGAUCUGAUUAGCCCCCAGCAGGGAGAAAAGAAGAUGGACGUUUUGCAUGCUUUCAUCUGUAUGUCUGUCUUCUGGACUGUGUCUUGGGGCAGAACUCGGGCAGACUCCAUCAUCCACAUCGGGGCAAUAUUUGACGAAUCUGCCAGAAAAGAUGAUGAAGUAUUUAGAAUGGCUGUCGCCGACCUCAAUCUAAAUGAAGAUAUCCUGCAAACAGAAAAAAUCACAUUUUCAGUUACAUUUGUGGAUGGGAACAAUCCUUUUCAGGCUGUGCAAGAAGCUUGUGACCUCAUGGGCCAAGGAAUACUGGCCCUUGUAAGCUCCAUAGGAUGUGCUUCAGCAGGAUCCUUGCAAUCACUGGCAGAUGCUAUGCACAUUCCUCAUCUUUUCAUUCAGAGAUCUACAGCAAGAACACCGAGAAGUAGCUGUGGGUUGCAGAGAAGCAAUAGAAUUGAUGAUUAUACACUAUCUGUCCGCCCACAAGUCUACUUGAAUGAUGUUAUCUUAAGAGUCGUCACUGAAUAUGCCUGGCAAAAAUUCAUUGUCUUUUAUGACAACAACUAUGAUAUCCGUGGAAUACAAGAGUUUUUGGAUAGAGUCUCUCAGCAGGGAAUGGAUGUUGCUUUGCAGAAGGUAGAAAACAACAUUAAUAAGAUGAUCACAGGACUCUUUGCUGCUAUGAGAAUAGAAGAACUAAAUCGCUACAGGGACACACUAAGAAGGGCCAUUCUAGUUAUGAGCCCAGCGACUGCCAAAGCGUUCAUUACUGAGGUUGUGGAGACUAAUUUAGUUGCCUUUGACUGCCACUGGAUCAUUAUAAAUGAGGAAAUAAAUGAUUUGGAUGUGCAAGAAUUGGUUCGAAGGUCAAUUGGGAGGUUAACAAUUAUUCGUCAGACUUUUCCGGUUCCACAAAAUUCAAGUCAACGUUGUUUCCGUGGCAACCACAGAAUAUCCUCUUCACUCUGUGACCCAAAGGACCCAUUUUCACAGAAUAUGGAGAUUACCAACAUGUACAUAUACGAUACAGUGCUCUUACUUGCGAAUGCUUUUCAUAAGAAACUUGAAGAUCGAAAGUGGCACAGCAUGGCAAGUCUAACUUGCAUCAGGAAGAAUUCGAAGCCGUGGCAAGGAGGUCGAUCUAUGUUAGAAACUGUCAAAAAGGGAGGUGUAAGUGGCCUGACUGGUGUAUUUGACUUUGAUGAUGAUGGUGAAAAUCCAAAUAUACAUUUUGAAAUUUUGGGAACAAACUAUGGUGAAGAGCUUGGAAGAGGUAUUCGCAAGCUUGGAUCUUGGAACCCAGUUACUGGUCUAAAUGGAUCUUUGACAGACAGGAAGCUGGAAAACAAUAUGAGAGGCGUUGUGCUUCGUGUGGCAACUGUGCUGGAAGAACCAUUUGUUAUGGUCUCAGAAAAUGUAUUGGGGAAACCAAAGAAAUAUCAAGGAUUUUCCAUUGAUGUCCUUGAUGCCUUAUCAAGUUACUUGGGUUUCAAAUAUGAAAUAUAUGUUGCUCCAGAUCAUAAAUACGGAAGCCCACAGGCAGAUGGCUCUUGGAAUGGAUUAAUUGGUGAACUUCUCCUCAAGCGAGCUGAUAUGGGGAUUUCUGCUCUGACAAUUACACCAGACCGAGAGAAUGUAGUUGACUUUACAACACGUUAUAUGGAUUAUUCCGUUGGAGUACUAUUGGGAAAAACUGAGAAAAACGUGGAUAUGUUUGCUUGUCUCGCACCAUUUGACCUAUCCCUGUGGGCCUGUAUUGCUGGAACAGUUCUUUUGGUGGGGCUGCUUGUCUACUUAUUGAACUGGCUUAAUCCUCCACGUUUACAGAUGGGAUCUAUGACUUCCACAACCCUGUACAAUUCCAUGUGGUUUGUGUAUGGAUCAUUUGUACAACAAGGAGGAGAGGUACCUUACACUACUCUAUCAACUCGAAUGAUGAUGGGAGCAUGGUGGUUGUUUGCCUUAAUUGUCAUCUCUUCGUACACUGCAAACCUAGCGGCCUUUUUGACAAUAUCUCGGAUUGAAAGCUCCAUUCAAUCACUUCAGGAUCUUUCCAGGCAAACUGACGUUCCUUAUGGCACCGUAUUUGACUCUGCAGUUUAUGAACAUGUUCGGGUGAAGGGAAUGAAUCCGUUUGAGAGAGACAGCAUGUAUUCUCAGAUGUGGCGGAUGAUAAACAGGAGUAAUGGAUCUGAGAACAAUGUUCAAGAGUCCCUAGAAGGCAUUCGAAAGGUAAAACAUGGAAAUUAUGCAUUUGUUUGGGACGCAGCAGUACUGGAAUAUGUCGCAAUAAAUGACCCGGACUGUUCAUUUUACACAGUAGGCAACACAAUUGCAGACAGAGGAUAUGGAAUUGCCCUUCAGCAUGCCAGCCCUUACAGAGAUAUAUUUUCGCAAAGGAUCCUUGAACUCCAGCAAAAUGGAGACAUGGAUAUUUUUAAACAUAAAUGGUGGCCAAGGAAUGGACAAUGUGAUCUUCAUUCUUCAAUGGACACUAAACAUAAGGGAAGUGCCCUGGAUAUUAAAAGUUUUGCUGGGGUGUUUUGCAUCUUAGCAGCAGGCAUUGUGCUAUCCUGCUUCAUAGCAAUGGUGGAGACGUGGUGGAGCAAGAAAAAAGGUUCGCGUGUGCCAUCAAAAGAGGAUGACAAAGAAAUUGACCUGGAACAUCUCCACCGACGUGUAAACAGCUUGUGCACAGAUGAUGAAAGUCCACAUAAACAAUUCUCCACCUCAUCAAUUGACCUAACACCACUAGACAUUGAUUCUUUGCCAAAUCGACAAACUCUGGAACAAAUAAGUGACUUCAGGAAUACUCAUAUAACAACUACAACUUUUAUACCUGAGCAGAUUCAGACUCUUAGCCGUAACUUAUCUUCUAAAGCUGCUUCUGGUUUUUCCUUUGGCAACGUGCCUGAACACCGAACUGGCCCUUUUAGGCACAGGGCACCCAAUGGUGGAUUUUUUAGAAGUCCCAUUAAAACUAUGUCAACCAUCCCCUAUCAAGCAACUCCUUCUCUAGGGCUUAAUCUUGGUAAUGACCCUGACCGAGGCACCUCUAUAUGAAAUUAUAAGAGAGUCUCUUCACUGUUUCUUUUAGGACUCCCUUUGCAAGGAGCUUCUGUAAAAAUAUGGGACUAACAUGGAUGUAUUUUUUUAUAUCCAGAUUAUUAACAAUUUUCAAGUUUU